AUGGAAGAGUCAGAUAGCAAGAAGGCCGCCGAGGUGCCUGCGCCCAUCGCGACUUCCGCACCGCCGCUGUCAACAACGCAACUUCCCUCACCACCCCACUCACAAACCGGCCACCAGGCUGACCCCAAGCUGUCGGUCGACGCCGCAGACAGCAUGACGCCGCCGUUCUCGCCGUCGAGCCAAACACCCGUCUUGCAGAAGGAACAGGAGGAGUUUGAGGGCACCGUCGACGUCAACAACGACAUACCCACCGACAAGGACCUAAGCAAGGUGGAGGACCUGCUGGUGUUGGAUGCGCAAGGCCAGAGCAGGCCCUUCAAGGAGCUUUACAAGGCGCCGCAUGUCGCUUCGAGGCAGCUGAUCAUCUUCAUACGGCAUUUCUUCUGCGGCAACUGCCAGGAAUACCUCCGCACAAUCGCCUCCUCUAUCAAACCCGAUGACCUCCUCGCGUUACCCACACCCACCUUCAUAACCGUCAUCGGCUGCGGACGCCCCGAACUCAUCCCAAUGUACACCGAGAUCACGGGCUGCCCCUUCCCCAUCUACGCCGACCCUACGCGCAAACUCUACGACCAUCUCGGCAUGACGCGCACCUACAAUCUGGGAAGCAAGCCUGAAUACAUGCAAACCCACGUCCUCAUAAACUCCGUCCAAUCCAUCUUCCAGUCUCUCGGCACCGGUCGCAAGGCGCUCAAGGGCGGCGACUUCAAGCAAGUCGGCGGAGAGUUCCUGUUCGAGAACGGCGAGUGUACGUGGGCGCACCGGAUGAAGACUACACGGGGACAUGCGGAGCUGUCAGAGUUGAGGAGAUUGAUCGGGCUGGAUGACGCAAGGCCGCCUGUGAGGAGGAAGUGGAGUCAUGAUGUCAAGGAGGAUAGCAAGGGCAAGGAGAGGAAGAGGGCCAUGAGCUGGGGCAGACUGCGAAGCAAGAGCAAGGGUGGAAAGGACUUUUCGAGGGAUGCGAGCAAGGGCUCGACGCCGGAGAGGAUACUGGAGGAGGAGGAGCCGCGGAAGAUGACUAUUACCUGCAAGGCUGCAGUUGCUUGGGAAGCCGGCAAGGACCUCUCCAUCGAGGAGAUUGAGGUUCUUCCUCCCAGGGCACACGAAGUCCGCAUUCAGAUCUACUACACCGGUGUCUGCCACACAGAUGCCUACACACUCUCCGGCAAGGACCCCGAGGGUGCCUUCCCCAUCGUCCUCGGUCACGAAGGUGCCGGAUACGUCGAGUCCGUCGGUGAGGGCGUCACCAACGUAAAGCCCGGCGACCACGUCGUUGCUCUCUACACCCCCGAAUGCAAAGAGUGCAAGUUCUGCAAGUCUGGCAAGACCAACCUCUGCGGCAAGAUCCGCGCCACACAAGGAAAAGGUGUCAUGCCCGACGGUACCUCGCGCUUCCGCUGCAAGGGCAAAGACCUCCUCCACUUCAUGGGCACAUCCACCUUCUCGCAAUACACCGUCGUAGCCGAUAUCUCUGUCGUCGCCAUUGAGGAAGACGCCCCCAUGGACCGCACCUGCCUGCUCGGCUGCGGAAUCACAACCGGAUACGGCGCCGCCGUCAUUACCGCCGGCAAGAACGGUGUAGAAGAGGGAUCCAACGUCGCCGUCUUCGGCGCCGGCUGCGUCGGUCUAUCCGUCAUCCAAGGAGCGGCCAAGAACAAGUCUGGCAAGAUCAUCGUGGUCGAUGUCAACGACGCAAAGGAGGAGUGGGCCAAGAAGUUCGGCGCCACACACUUUGUCAACCCCACCAAGCUCGGCAACCAGUCCAUCCAGGAGAAGCUCAUCGAAAUGACCGACGGAGGCUGCGACUACACAUUCGACUGCACCGGAAACGUCAACGUCAUGCGCGCUGCUCUCGAAGCCUGCCACAAGGGCUGGGGUGAGUCUAUCAUCAUCGGUGUCGCAGCCGCCGGCCAAGAAAUCUCCACUCGCCCCUUCCAGCUCGUCACCGGCCGUGUAUGGAAAGGCUGCGCAUUCGGUGGUGUCAAGGGCCGCACCCAACUACCCGGCCUCGUCGCGGACUACAAGCGCGGAGACCUCAAGGUCGACGAGUUCAUCACCCAUCGCCAACCGCUCGACAAGAUCAACCAGGCUUUCGGUGACAUGAAGGCUGGCGACUGCAUCCGUUGCGUCGUCAACAUGCGCGAAUAA